AGAAGCAAAUACCACUGUCUACGCACGCACGCACGCACGCACGCAACCUCUUAUUCAAUGCACCUCUCUGCUCCUCUUUUGUACCCUUGCUUGCCUUUUUCUCAACUGAAACUGUAGAGAAAGAAGAACAGCAGGUCAUCUUCUCUUCAGAAAUGCCAUUGUCUUCCCUAUACUCCAUUGAUAGUAGCUUGGAUUUUGAUGGGUGGUGUGACUAUGAUUGUGAGAGUGAGGGAGGGGCUGAGUUCUCAGAGGAGCCGGUGAAAUUGGAGAACUCGAGGUCUUCUGGCUUGAAGAGAAGCCGGGCUGCAGAAGUUCACAACUUGUCAGAAAAGAGGAGAAGAAGCAGGAUUAAUGAGAAAAUGAAGGCUUUGCAGAAUCUGAUUCCCAAUUCAAACAAGACUGACAAAGCAUCCAUGCUUGACGAGGCAAUUGAAUACCUCAAGCAGCUGCAGCUUCAAGUUCAGAUACUGUCAAUGAGAAAUGGGCUAAGUCUUCACCCCAUGUAUCUCCCAGAAAACCUGCAGCUUAUGCAGCAGCCAUCGCAGAUGGGUAUGGGAUUUGCCGUCAAUGGUGCCAGAUCAGAAGCAAACAUGAGCGUGGCAGACAUGUUACAGCAACAUUGCUCUCAUACAUUGAAUCAAUCUGAAUUAUGCUACCAGCCUCCGAUCGCACCUAAUGCAACAAAUAUUAAUAAUCUCACAUGCACAUUUCAUGAAUCAUUUCAAUUGCCUAUAGCUGAAGAGUUAAAAGAAGAGCCGGAAGUUCAGCAGCAAUCUAAGGCAGCAAAGAAAUUAACAAGGAACCUAGCAUCAGAUAAGCAAAUAGUUAUGGAGAGCACAGAGCCAAUGGGGACAACCAGGAUAUACAUUGAGUGAGUGAUCACAUGCAUGAAUUCAUUGAAAGAGAGAUGUUGCAUUUUGUGCACCCAGUUAUGGCCUGUCUGCAUGUUUUGUCUAGUUGUUUUCCCUGCAAACUUUUGUAACAACAAAUAUAUAGACAGGAGAUGUUCUCUUCAUGGAAUCUCACUGUAUUUUUGGGGAUUUAGUAUGUCUGAAGAGUCUAUCUUUAGUGUUUUGGGUUGUUGGAGAUAAUCUUUAUUUUCAAUGAUAUUUUUAUGAACCA